AUGACCGGGCCCACCAUCCAAGACGAUUUGUUCGCCCUCCUCAUGCGUUUCCGUACGCACAACUAUGUUCUCACCGGAGACAUAGAAGAAAUGUAUCGGCAGUUCCUCGUCCGUCCGGAGGAUCGUCGAUAUCAGCGAAUCUUGUGGCGCGACGACGACGGACGCAUUAAGGCACAUGAGCUGAAUACAGCCACAUUCGGAUUAUCAUCAGCUCCAUAUCUCGCGGUCAGAUACCUACAACAGCUGGCCGAAGACGAAAGUUCGCGAGCCCCGAUCGCGGCGAAGGUGGUAACGCAAGAUUUGUACGUAGAUGACUUGCUAACCGGAGCCAAUACUUACGCGCAAGCCUUGCAUUUACGAGACUCUGUCAUCGACCUCCUAAAACGCGGAGGAUUGAAUAUUCGACAGUGGGUAUCGAACGACCCGCGAUUGUUAACCGGAUUACCGACGGAACAAAUCCACCCAAAAUUUUUCGGCGACUCAUCCAUCAAAACCUUGGGACUUUCAUGGGACGCUCGCAACGAUGAAAUAGUCUAUACGGUGGACCUCCAAACCGACGCGAAAAUAACCAAACGAACAAUCCUAUCUACUAUUUCGAAAAUCUUUGAUCCGUUAGGGCUGCUAUUGCCGGUAAUCAUCAAGGCAAAAAUUUUGAUCCAAGGACUCUGGCGGCUGCAAUUAAAUUGGGACGAAUCGAUAUCCCAUGAAUUGCACACCGAAUGGACAGUUUUCGUGCAAGAGUUCAGCACCUUGGACAAAAUUGCCUUCCCGCGCCACGUAACGCAGCGCGCAACCAUGAGAACCGAGCUGCACGGAUACUGCGAUGCGAGUGAACGCGCGUACGGCGCGUGUCUCUACCUACGAACCAUAGACGAAGCCGGAAAAAUCAAAGUCGAGUUGCUAUGUGCAAAAUCGCGCGUUGCACCGUUAAAACCCGUUAGCCUCGCCCGUCUCGAAUUGUGCGGAGCACUGUUGCUGGCAAAUCUCCAUACGACCGCUCUCCAAAAUUUCGCGCGAUCAUUCGACAAGAUCAUGUUUUGGACCGACUCGACCAUCGUUCUUAACUGGAUCAACAAGGAACCCUGCACCUUGGACAAUCGGCGCGGCAAUUUCGAACCAAUUCAACUUGGCGCAACGGACCCACGUGGCUUCUCGAAUCGGAAUUGA